UCAAAAUCCAUCAGCGAUCCAUGGUUUCCGGCGACAUACCUGUCGUAGUCGAGACAGAAUUGCACCCGGUUGCAAUCCGAGUUGAUGGGGUUGGUUCGUGUGAAGCGGUCCUCUGAUUUGUUUUUACUGACUGCGGGGACACCAUGGAUGAAGUGGAUUAUGUUGAACAGCACGGACGUGAAAGUCAACCGUUAGAUGAAGUGCAGAUGAAACAGCUCGACGUCCUUCUGCCGCAGGAAGUUAGUGGAAAUCAAACAGCUGUGUUCCCAGUCCUUCGGGUGCUGAUCGUUAAAAAUGAGGUUCUCCAUGCCUGGAGCGUCAGUUCCCAGCAGCAGCAGUUCCCAGACGGCUUCCGCAUAAAGGAAGAGGAGGAGGAGGAGGAAGUCUGGACCAAUCAGGAGGAAGAGCGGCCAAAUGAGCAGAAAACGACUAAUAUCAGCCAGUUCCCUUUAACUGAUGUGAAGAAUGAAGGUUAUGAAGAGAAACCUCAGUUAUUAGAGCUUCAUCAGAUCAAAACUGAAGAAAGCCGAGCGACUGAAGCUCCAAUCAGCAGCUCAGCUCAGCAGAUAAAAACAGAACCCCAUAGCAAGAACAUUGUAGGACCAGAACCAGACAGGAACCUGAAUCCAGCAUGUACCUUUGAGCAAAAUACAAAUAAAAAUGCUUCAGAUUCCUCUGACACAGAAGCCAGUUAUGAUGAUAAUGAUGAGGACUGGCAGGGACCUUUGUCAGAUUCUGAGUCUGAAACUAAAAUGAGUCACAAUUGUGAGAAUGUCCUGAGUGUAUCUCAGUCAAAUGUCAAUGGUGAAAAGAAAUGUAACUCAGUCGUGGCAGGUGAUGAAGGAGAAAAACUGUUUGCUUGCAGUAAAUGCAAUGAAAGAUUUAAAAAGCGGGACAAUCUUACGGAUCAUGCUAGGAUCCACACUGGCGAGAAGCCAUUUGGUUGUGAUGUUUGUGAGAAAAGAUUCAGGCGGAAGGACUGUUUGCGAAAACACAAGAUGAUUCACAGCGGGAAAACGGCGCACAGCUGUGAUUUCUGUGGGAAAGGGUUUAUAGAAAAGACGGAUCUUCAGGCGCAUAUAAGACUCCAUACCGGAGAGCGACCUUUCACGUGUGAUGAGUGUGGAAGAAGGUUUCACAAAAAGUCAAUUCUCACAGUGCACAUGAGAGUCCACUCUGGGGAUAAGCAGUUCAAAUGCAGCGUGUGCGAGAAAAGAUUCCGAUUUCAGCACAUUCUUAAAAAGCACACAGUUGUUCACACCGGAGAGAAGCCGUUUGUUUGUGACGUCUGUUGUAAGGGAUUUUCUCAACAAGAAACUCUGAAGAGACACAUGGGUGUUCACACAGGAGAAAAAACGUUUGCUUGUAGUGACUGCGGUAAAGACUUUCAACAGAAGAUACACUUAAAGGAACAUAUGAAGGUUCACACGGGGGAGAAGCCAUUUGGCUGUGAAGUGUGCGGUAAGAAAUUCAAAAAGAAGUCAUACAUUAAAACACACAUGAUGUCUCAUGCUGGAAAGCGAGCGCACAACUGUGAGUUGUGUGGGAAAGGCUUUUUAGUCAAGGGUGGUCUUCUGAAACACAUGAGGAUUCACAAUGGAGAAAGACCUUUCAGCUGUGAUAUUUGUAGCAAGAGCUUUCUGCAGCUGAUCCAUUUGAAGGGGCACAUGAGAGUUCACACAGGAGAGAAACCGUUUGGAUGUGAUAUCUGUGGUAAAAAGUUCACAAAGAAAUCCUACGUUACAGCACACAUGAUGUCUCAUGCUUGACAGAUGACGGGAUUACUGUGUGUACUUGCAGAUACGCACCAAACGUCACACAAUUGCAGGAUGUCCGCGCAUCCUUAAAUCUUAAAUUCAUGUAUCUAAAAUAAAAGCCUCAAAUUGUCUGGAAACAGGCGUCAAAACGAAAUAUUGGCCUUAAAUACGUAAAUCACAGGUCUUAAGUUUUCUUGUGUCAAGACUGUUUAAUCUCAUGUGUUCUAUGUGGUUUUCGGUUUUCUUGUGGGACUUUGCUAUUAUGCAAGGCUUCGAGUGUGUGGGUCAAGGUGGUUGCCGGUGACUAGCUGCUAGGAUACUCUUGCUGUUAAACAAGGUAAAGCUAGCUUACUCAUUUGUUAAUUAAGAGCACAUUUUUCAGCAGUUUAUGAAUAUUUGUCUUUGCCACUAACACACUUCAAUUGCCAAGUCAUACAGUUUAUUUGCGAUUUUCUUUUGUACAUUUCUGUUGUGAAAUGUACAAAAUCCCAUUCAUAAUGGUCUUUAAAAAGUCUUAAAUUUGAGUUGGCGUAACCUGCAGAAAUUUUGUAGGGGGUGACGAUUUGGCCUAUGCCACACUGGAGGGUUUGGUACUUGAUAUUUGGAAUUAAAAAUGGAAAUGAGGCAUACCAUUCUGGGACAACAUUUCUUAGAGAAAGAUGCCCAAACGAUCUUACACCCCUACAAAACAUGCCUGUUUAAUGUAUCUGAACUGAACCCAAUAUUUGUACCUUAGAGCAAAUUGAGCAUAGCUGGGCUUUCCCUUUGUAAACUGGCUACUAGAAAGGAGGUAAAAUAUCAAAAAUACCAUUACUAUAAUAGUGAUUGUUAUAGUUUUUGUUGUUCAAAUACAUUUGACAUAUUUGUACUGAUUUUUGUUAAAACAAUCUGAUUAAACUCUAGAGAACUUAGUAAAAUUUAA